GAUUAGUGUGUAGCGUCGGACGCUUGUUGUUGUACAAAAUGGCAAAGUGGAUCGAAGACACAACCUAUAAAUUUGUGCAGGAGUAUCUAAAACAUGAAUGCUUUUACAACUAUAAAGCCCCUAAGUACAAAAUUAAGGGAGCCCGAGAUACAGCCCUUUUGCGUAUAAGUGAAGCUAUGAACAUACCAGGGUUUGGAAGUAAAGAAGUUUAUACUAAAAUAAGAAACUUGAAGUCUACAUAUGCGCAAGAGGCUAAGAAAAUUAAACAGAGUACAAAAUCUGGAGCUGGAACAGAUGACGUAUAUAUUCCACAAAUAAAGUGGUUCAAACUAUUAGAUGACGCUUUAAAAGCUGUAAAUGUACAGUGCAGCGACUCACGGAGUAAUUUGCAGCUGGAUUCUCAACAUGAACAACUUGAAGCUUGGAACUGGAACCUUCCACAUCCCAAUGCAAUCAAUCUGCUGAAAUAAAUAACCCCGACGCAACACCUGAAUUUCAAUCUUAUCAAGUUGAAGAAGAACAAAGAAAAUCGCCGAUUCCUCGUAAAAGGACAGUACGGGACCUCAGUCGUUUGGUCAACAAAGUGAAGAACGUGGCCGACUCAAUUAACACACGCGUGCCAACAGAAACAGAAACAGAGUUUGAUAUAUUCGGGAAAAGUGUAGCUGCCCAGCUUAAAAGUUUGCCAAUCCACCUACGAAUAACAAUAAACUCUAGAAGCGUAAUUGAGCUAAAAAAGUGUUUCCACGCGAUAGUAACCCAGAUGGGCGGGGCUUAAAGAG